UUAAAAAUCAUGGACCAAAAUGAAUAUUACCCAUAUAAAACUACUCCACUUGCAUUUGGGAGGGUUUUGGAAACUCAUCGAAAUUCGAAAGGGUUUAGAAAAAUGAGCCCAAUACGGCGAGUUUUACUCCUCCGUCUCCGAUCCACCACCACCAACUACUCCACCGUCGCCACCACCACUCGCAAAUCAUCGAAAUCCAAACUCCAAAAACCAACCGAAAUCCCAUUUCAACCCAAACUCGCCAACUCCGUCAACCUAAUCGGCACUGUUAACAAACCUAUUCACUUUCAAACCUCCACCGACGGUAACCCUUCCGCCGCCACUGUCAUCACUCGUCUUGGUCAUGAUCCUUCUCAGUUCUUGAUUCCUCUUGUUUUUCAUGGUGAUUUGGCUCUUACCGCGCAGUUUCAUCUUAAGCUUAAUGAUGUUGUUCAUGUUGAGGGUCAACUUUCUACUGAAGAUGAUCAAAUCAAACUUGAUAAACCUCAACAAUAUCAGUUUCAGGUUAAGGUGCAAAGUCUUAAUUUUGUUGAAGGUUAUCCUCGUGUUAAGAAGGCUAGUUUAACGUCUAAGGAGAAAUCAGAUAUUGAGGAUGAAAGCGAGAAUGAUGAAAUAAAGUCAUCGGAGAAGGAUAUCCAUUCCGAGAAAACUGAGCAACAUGACACAAGGAAAUCCUGGAGGGAUGUCAUUAAUAAACCCAGUCAAUGGAAGGCUGUUCAUUCACCAAAGGAGAGUCCAAAGAAUGCAGAUUUUGAAAGCAAGACGGAAGGUGAAUUACAACCUGGACUGAAACAAUCAACAACCAGUGCAAAGAAAUACACUGGCUCUUUGUCAAGUACUUGGGGCGACCUUCUAGAUGAUCCAAAGAAGUGGUGGGAUUUUCGUGAUAGCAAACGCAAUGGAUCGGUGAAUCCAAAGUACCCUGACUUCAAGCGCAAGGAUGGAAAUGUUUCCAUCUGGCUUGACAAGGCUUCAAAGUCGGUUUUAUCUAGACUGAAAGAACUGGAAUUUGAUACUCCGCCUGUUAAACCCAAACAAACAAAAGACAGUAAAGGUGAUGAGUCCUGGAAUGAUUUGCUGCAAAACCCAGCUAAAUGGUGGGAUAAUAGAGUAGACAAGAAAUAUGCAAGAGCUCCAGAUUUCAAGCACAAAGAUACUGGUGUAGGGCUGUGGCUUAGAGAUUCACCAAGUUGGGUUUCAUCUAGAUUGAAAGAACUGGAGGUUGAAAGUACAUCUGUUAAAUCCAAACAAGCAAAGGACAGUAAAGGUGAUGAAUCCUGGAAUGAUUUGCUGCAAAAUCCAGCUAAAUGGUGGGAUAAUAGACUAGACAAGAAGAAUCCAAAAGGACCCGAUUUCAAGCACAAAGACACAGGUGAAGCGCUAUGGCUUAGAGGUUCCCCAAGUUGGGUGUUGCCAAAAUUGCCACCCUUGAAGCCAAAACAACAAAGUGCAGAAACUAGCUGGAUGCAAACAUCAGCUUAAUGAGCAUCAGAAAAAGAAGCAGAAACUGAAGUCAUUUACCAAGCUGGAUGUAUCUUCUUAUCAGUUCUCUCUGUUUCACCUCCAUGUAAUUAAUUAAUUAAUGCCUUCUUAAAGUUCUGAUGUGUAUAAUCAUAGCGACUCGGCAUUAGACUUAUUUUUUUCUAGGCAGCUAUUUUAGCUAAUUUUCAAGCACGUACAUUUUUAUCAGAAUUCUGAGCACUAUUAUACUUAUGAGGGUAAUCCUUUGUCAUUUGCUGGUAAAGUUCCAAUAUGACUGUUUUUUCAAAAU